CACACGACCUUCAAAAGAACGCCCUGCUGGCUUAUUUUCAAUUGCCUUAUACAAUAGUUUGCAUUUACAUUACGACAAACGCGCUGGCUUGGUUUCAUUAUGGAUAAUUUAUAAUUUCACUUUGAUAAAAAUAUGCCUGUAAGUUACGCAAUGCCCGCACUUCCUGCUAAUUCAUCUCAAGAUGGAGUCCGGGAGACUAUGCUGUAUAGCGGAUCAAAGUUUAAAGGGUUUCAAAAAUCACAAGGCAAUUCUUAUGAUGUUGAAGUGGUUCUGCAGCAUAUAGAUUUGCAAAAUUCCUUCCUCUGUGGAUACUUAAAAAUUAAUGGCUUGACGUUUGAAUUCCCGACCCUUACAACGUUUUUCGAUGGAGAAAUUAUAUCUAAGAAAUAUCCAUUCUUAACGAGGAAAUGGGAAGCAGACGAAGAUGUUGAUAAGGGACACUGGAGUAAAUUCGCAGCGUUUUCUGAAUAUGAAGGAACUUUUAAUUCGGAUAAUUUUGAUUUUCAAAGCUUAGCAAAUAGUGAUUAUGUAUUUAUGCGAUGGAAAGAACACUUUCUUGUGCCUGAUCAUACAAUAAAAGACAUAAAUGGGGCAUCAUUUGCAGGAUUUUAUUAUAUUUGCUUUAUUAAAUCAACCGGAAAAAUUGAAGGAUAUUAUUACCACCGCUCAUCGGAAUUAUAUCAAUCUAUUGAAUUGGAACAUAUACCUGAAAAUUCUUCUGAAAUAUAUGAAUUUAGAUAAAAAAAACACAGCUUGUUUUUAGUCAGCAAG